AUGCUCUAUACAGGAUGCUCCAGCUGUGCGGUACCGAAGGAAUGUUCUGAUAAUGACCCCGGAUCUUGCUCGCUGCUUGACGGACAACCGUGCUCUCCAUGCCGGGAAAUGGCCCUUUUAGAGGCACUUAUUGGCAAGGCACAGAAGGACCUUCACGAAUUGCUAAAUCGACAUCGAGCAUUGCGUGAGAGUAAAAACAUGGUGCACGAGCCGAUAAUACACCAACUUCCUCCUGAGGUUUCAGCCAUGAUAUUCCAGUUAGCACUCCCAAACCCGCGCAAAGGUAGUCGUCCGGGUUUGCAAGUGACAAGACCAGUCACAACCCCAUUCACUUUUGGCGCUGUGUGCAAAACCUGGAGAAAUGUCGCCUGGAGCUCUCCCUAUUUAUGGAGUCAAAUUCCAAUCAACAUAGGCCCAAUUAUCGAAAAUAACACCUCCUAUUUCGAUGUCGUUAAAGGUUGGUUCGACAGGACGGGAGGACUGCCUCUGACAAUCUACGUGUACUCAAAGCGACAAGUUUCUGACCAAACUCGCUUCCUGUCUUACCAUGCUCAUGCCACCUCUCAUGACCUCAAACCCCUUGCGACUCUCAUUAAUAAACACCUUUACCAAUGUCGCGAGUUGGAAAUCGAUUGUUCGGGGACAGUGUUACCUCACCUGCGCGGAAAUGCCCCCAUCCUUCAGAAUCUGAGAAUCAUAUCCGACGUUCACUGGAGUCAGCACCAGAUUAGUGAUGCCAGUCGGUAUGCUGACCUCAUUCACUUCGACAACACGGAUCUUCAAAAUAUUCGCGUUUCUCUUCAUAGAUGUCCUUUAAAAGCCCUUUCGGUUAAUUCGGAAGCUAUCACUCACUUCGAAGGGGCUUUUACAUCUAUACAGGAGUUUUUGGAGAUAUUGGAUGCCGCCCCACAACUGGUCGAAUGCUCGUGGAAUCUGAUCGAACCUUCUCGUGCUCACACAUCCGUUGUAAAAGCACACCAAACGAUAAAAUCAUUCAAAUUGAAGUGCAGCACCCAUGAGAUGGAAAAAAUAUUUUCGUCAUUGGCACUUCCAGUUUUAUCUCAUUUGGAACUGGAUACCAGGCGUACCAUUCUACCUCAUGCACAAAUUCACUUACUUUUGAAAACAUCCACGUGCAAUCUCACAUCUUUGACCUUAAAAAACAUUCAAAGCGACGGGGAAGAUAUCAUAGCUGCGCUGAAAGCUAUGCCCUCAAUCCGUAAAUUGGAACUCUUGGGAAGCGAUUUUACAGAUUACGAACCAGAAGUCUUGUUCAUUUACUUGGGCGCAACGACUGUUCCACAAGAUGACCAAGAGCCCUUUCUUCCAGAUCUACAAGACCUUACUAUUGAAUUCUAUGCCGAUACCGGCUUUCCUUGGACCCAUAUACCAGUGAUAUUUGGCACAACGUCUGAUAUGAUUCACCCGCGUAGGCGCCCGCUUAAAUCACUACAUAUCAUCCAUAAGUGGUCUUUAGGAAACCAUUGGGCUAGACAGAUCCCUGCAAAAUCUAGAAUAAAGGAAACCGUGAGUAACGAUAUCGACAAAAGCAUUACAAUACAACUGCUUCAGAUCGCGGCGGCUGGAGUAACGCUCGACUUCCGCGAUGUGUACUACGACCUCGACCUUCUUCUGAUUUCCAUGGAACGAUAUGCCAUAGACGUACCGAGUUGGUAUAAUAGCAAGGAGCGAGUCCGUACAGAACAUGAUGUAGAUUAUGAAACAGAUUCUGCGGCGUCGGAGGGUUCUGCAGUCGAGACAGAUGAAGAUGCAGGUUCUUAUGAAACACUGUCGACUGAAGACAGUGACGAGGACGACGUUGCGUCGAAUCUCUCUGAGUUAUCAUAUGAUCCCGAGUAUGACCUGCCUGUCCGGGUCACGGGAGAGACCACCGACUUAGUGUACGAACCCCCUUUAGAAGCCCCACGGAGGAUGAGAUUCCCAGAAUAA